GUACCUACCACCCACCGUUAUCUGUGGUAAUUCCUAAAGAGGUAAAUAAAAACAAAUUCACGAAAUUCGUGCACGCACGACUGACGACGACGCGUGAUUUCGUGUGCUUCCUGGUUUCAAAUCCGAACUCGCUAAUGAAUCGUUAUCUAAUAAAUUUGUCCUACGUUGGAACUCACUUUAGAGGAAUUCAGAAAAAUCUCAUCAGAGAUAACGGACGGCUGGAGGAUCCGCAGUCGGUGGAAGGAGCGCUCGAGAUUGCCCUGAAAAAGUUCCGGCCGGUGAACGAGUUCAAGAUCAAGCUGUCCAGUCGUUUCAUACAAAAAUACUCACAACAACUCAGCACCGACGCCGGCGUGCACGCCCUCAACAAUGCGGUCCACGUGGACCUCGAACGGCACAACGGCAAGCCCUACGAACCGGACAAGGUGACGCAAGGGCUUAACCGAACCUUCGGCUCGCAAAAGAUCCCCAUCCGGGUCCUGCGAACCCGGCACGUCCCGUUGUCCUUCCACGCGAGACUAUGCGCCAAAUCGCGCACCUACCUGUACCGGGUGGGCGUGCUACGGCCCGAGUUCUGCGACGACCCCGAGCAGAUCCACCCGUUCACGAGGUUCAUUCCGAUCGACGAGCACGACCGGUGCUACUUUAUCGCCAACAAAAACUUCGACCCGGACCGACUGAAGCGGGCGGCGGCCCUUUGCGAGGGUUAUCACGACUUUCGCACGUUCAUGGCGAUCGCCCGGGGGAACCAGUGGCAGCAGAUGCCGACGUACACGCUGCGCAGGAUCGAGCGGAUCACGGUGGAGCGGGGCAGCUCGAUGGCGUCGGCGUUCAGUAGGGAACUCGCGGACAGGUACUACGAGUAUUGGGACAUUCGGAUUAAGGCGCGCUCGUUUCUGUACAAUCAGGUCCGUCGCAUGGUAGGAGCUUGGAUUGCCGCGGCCGAGGCACGAAUCACCGAGCGCGACGUCCAGCAGAUGCUAACCGUCCCAGCAAAGAGCUCGUGGUGUGAUCAGGCCGUUGUAGCGCCCGCGUACGCGUUGUUCCUCUGUCAGGUCGAGCACGACCCGGCGGAUUUUGAGUUCCGUCACGAUGAGCUUCCUCGAGCAGCUGCAGAAGAGUCGCCACUCGUUGCAGCCAACUGAAACCACGGUGACGUACAUGGACGGCAGCAGGAAGGUGUUUCGGGGGGAAAUCGAACGGGACAUACCCAAGCGACUGGGCUUCAUCAUAGACAACAGUCCCGACCAGGUGCCGGCGUGCAUUCUGAGCCAGUUUCUGUACUUGGGC